AUGGAACAGCUAACUGUUUGUAAACCGAUCCCACAACUUAAUAUUUUUUUACUUUUUUUUGUUCCGGGUGUGUUACAUUACUGUAAAGAUUCACUCUACAUAUAUAGGUAUAUAUACCUCAACAUGUAUACAUAUCACAAGAAAGCUAAUACGUGGGAGGUAAAAAAUUAUUUUUAUCUUUUUUCUCACCCAUUUAAACGCUCAAUUCAAUCGAGAAAAAAAAUCACUAAAAUUGUGAUAAAUAUUUAUACGCUAAAGACAAAGAUACCAGUUUGGAAUGUCAAAUUACGUACUAAAUUUUUAAAUUUAGAUAUUUCAUGUGCAAGUGAAUUUAACAAAGGAAACAAGAAGUAA